AUGGAUUCUACUAGGCAAAAUGAACAAAACAGACACGUUACAAAGAACCUUAGCGGCUUACAGAUGAUGUACACAGACUUUGACGAUUGGAUAUGCAAAUUCUACGAACACAUUAAUUCAAGAUCUUCGAGCUUACUCAACGAAACCGAAACAUCUGUCAAACAAUGGGAACUGAAGAUUAAAGAGAAAGAAAAUAAAAACCGUAAUAAUUCUAGAGAUCAAAUUUUGGGUGUUUUGUCGUUGCAAGAUGUUUUUAUUAAUGGUAUUUUAUUAAAGGACAGGAUAGGUUACAGAACUGAUCAAAAAGACAACCUUUCUCGCUUGUUUAGAGUUAUGAAGGACUAUAACGAGAUCUAUGAUUAUGUAUUAUUCAAGUUUUUAAAUAGUGUAAAUAAGACUUCUUGUGAAUAUAUUAAAUGUAAAUUGUGA